AACUCAAUCCGCUUCGCUCGCUUGGCCCUGGGAAGAGAAGGGCAUCCUCGCCUCGCCUCCCUGGCUUGCCCUCUGCGCCUUCCUCUUCCUCCUCCUCCUCCGGCCAAAAUGCCUCGCUCUUUCCUCGUCAAGAAGCAUUUCUCGGCCAGCAAGAAGCCCAACUACAGCGAACUGGAAAGCCAGACCGUGAUUGUGUCCCCCUUCUUCUAUGAGAAGUACCCCCUGUCCGUCCUCCCCCAGCCAGACCUCCUGACCAACAGCCCUCACUACCCUUCGCUUGUCUGGGACACGGGGCUCCUCUCCAACUUCUUCACCUCUGAGCCAGAAUACCAGAAGAGCGCAGGCUCCCCUCCGAGCCCCGACUCCAAGCCUCUGGACCUGACCUCCUUGUCCAGCGAAGAGGAGGAUGGCAAGACGACCUCUGAUCCGCCCAGCCCAGCCUCCUCUUCAGCCACCGAAGCAGAGAAAUUCCACUGCGGCCAAUGCAGCAAGUCCUACUCGACCUUUGCGGGCCUUUCCAAACACAGACAGUUGCACUGCGACUCCCAGGCCAGGAAAUCUUUCAGCUGCAAGUACUGUGAGAAGGAGUACGUGAGCCUAGGAGCCCUGAAGAUGCACAUCCGAAGCCAUACCCUUCCUUGCGUGUGCAAGAUCUGCGGCAAAGCUUUCUCCAGGCCUUGGCUCCUGCAAGGCCACAUCAGAACCCAUACUGGUGAGAAACCGUUUUCCUGCACACACUGCAACAGGGCUUUUGCUGACCGCUCCAACCUCCGCGCCCACCUGCAGACCCAUUCGGACGUCAAGAAGUAUCAAUGCAAAACCUGCUCCCGGACUUUCUCCCGAAUGUCCCUUCUCCACAAGCAUGAAGAAACAGGCUGCACUGGAACACGCUGAAGGGUUCCUUCCGUCCUUCAAACACCAGAGACUCCUCCAUGCAAAUACAUGUAUUUUAACUAGCGUCUGUAGGAAGAUAGUUUCCGUUGAGUUGAACUUGCCAGCACAGUGUGUAUCGAACUGUUAUUUCCAGCUGCUUCAAGCCUUAAAGCACCCUACAUACAUAUACUUAGUUUGUUAUUGUUUUUCUCAAGGCAGCCUUAAAGACUGAUUUCCUUCCCUCCUACCCUGUCCCUUUUUCCUGGCAGUGGCAGGGUGUUUCUUGAUUCAGGACCACAUUGUUUGCACCACAAAUGGCUGUGGUUUCACAAAAUGCCAAAUGUGCUGAUGUUUUCCACUGAACCUCUUUCUGAACUCUCUGACCAAGGUGCAUGUGUAGCAUUCCAUCUCCUAAGAGCCCAGAGGAGCAUGAAAGGGAUGGUUAGACUACCUCUUUUUGCUCACAUUUAAUCUUUGGAGAUAUACUGCCACUGACCAUGGAGGUUCUGCUGGGAUUUGGUUUCUCUCUUUCUCUAUAUGUCUUAAUAGCCAUUGAGUCUUAUCCUCUGUGAAUUUCCCCCAUAUCUUUUUGAAAGCCAUCUUAUGCUAGAAGGCCAUCAUUAUGUUGUUUUUUUAAAGUUUUAAUCAUGUGUAGGAAUGUUCAGAAGGUGCUCCAUAUCUCUCAGGAUUAAGCCUUGCUGGCCUGAAGGAUAGCAGUAUUUGUUUUCUUUUGAGGGUGUAUGUGUGGCAGUGGGGAGGGUUUGGGAACAAUAAAUUUAGAAUUGACCCUGAACUGAAAUGCCUCGAAAUAAAAGAGAAGAAAGCAAAGCCUCCGCACCCGCCUGCUGCCACAGCCUGCCUCCGUCUCUCGCUCCUAUCAUUGUUAUUAUGCACCACCCGCCCCAGAAGGUGUAACUAUGCAGUAAUAUAGUGUUGCAUUCGCUUUGAGGCAGCUGCUUCUCCCACCAGCACAAUGCUAAUUUGCAAUGCCUCAAAAGAUUAACAAUGUCUCGCUGGGAAGGCAUUGGGUAGCCAUUUCAAACCAAGACUCCUGUUUACAGAGCAGCUAUGCACUCAAGCACCUGUUAAUAUGACUUCUUUGAACAACUGCUUUUUUUCCUCUCAAAAGAACUGUGACUAAUAGCAGGCACUUGUCGGGCGAUACAAUAGCUGGCCUGUGCAAAGAGGGCUGCCCAUUGACAGGUGUGUGCCAAAAUGGCUCUUUAUGGGCAUAUUGACAGGUGCCGCCUGAAUGCAUCUUUUUCUUUUGUACAUUGUUUGUUUCCACACCGUAAAACAAAAAAAAGAAAGAAAAAGGGUAUGUUUACAUUUCAAAGGUACACUGGUAUUUAUAUAUUUUUGUGCCACAAUUUUAUACUGAUUAAAAACUUUUAUAUAAAUAUAUUAAAAAGUUAUAUGCAAUUUAUUGAUAUUCAAUAAAAUGUUUAAUUUAUAA